AUGUCCGAGCCAGGCCCAGAGUCGAUUCCCACAAGCGCGGAUCCCCGCAGCAAGCGGCCAACAAAACGGCGCGCCGUGACACCGCAUUCCGAGGUCGCCAACCAGAUCGAGACACUCUUCAAAGACCCGAGCAAAGACCUGCAACUACCGGAUGUCCUGAAGCCGCGCACCGUCGCGUCCCUGUCGGCGCCGCCAGAGAUCGUGACCAAUGUGCAGGGAUCGUCGGCCGGUGCGGGCUCGGGCGAAUUCCACGUGUACAAGGCCAGUCGGCGGCGGGAGUAUGAACGACUGCGGAUGAUGCAGUCCGAGGUGGAUAAUGAGAAGAAUAAUGAGACUUGGGAGAAAGAGCGGGAGGAGAAGAAGCGCAAAGAUGACGAGAAGACGGAGAAGAAUCGGAAAAGGAGGGAGAAGAAGAAGAAUGCGCGUGGGAAGAAGGGCGGUGGUGAUCAUAAGGAUAUUGCUCCUGUGGAGAGCUCGGCUGCCCCGGGCUCGAUGGUCACUAUGGAAGACCAAAAUGGGGGCGAUGUGGAUGGUCAGGUGGCCCAGCAGGAAGUUCCUGGUGUCAUUUUCCACGAUGAGGACUAG